AUGACCAAGUUAUCAAAGUGAAAUCUUCUGAAGUGUAAGAUAAUCGAUUACAAAUACAGCCUUUUGCAAGUUCAAUUCUAGACGUUUAUUAGCCUAUCCACGGUCGAAUUAAUUGUUCAAUUAUGCUAUCUAAGGACUGCAACAAUGUUAAUGUUCAGUCCAGGUUGUCUUCGAUCAUGGAGGUCUUGUCUAAAUCAGCUAUUGCCGAGAUAACUAAGGUGUUUGAUGACGGUUUCCUGCUCUUGCGAUUGGAAAUGUGUCGGAAGGACGCAAAAAUCGAGGCUCUAAAGCGAAAAUUGAUCGCUUUAGAAGAUGAUUUGCAGUCCACGCGUCGAAUGACAGACUCCGCACCUCUGCCCUGCUGCGAAGAAACAGCGGACGGUGAAAGGAAACACGAUGAAGGUAACAGCCUACCAGCAAAAGCACGACUUAAGGAAUGCCAUGGAGAAACCGACCAGGACCAUCACAUGGUUCCAGUGAGGCAGCAGAGCCUGACCAGUCCGCCGCAACAGCUCGACGGAACGCACUCUCUCGCCUGUCACGGUGCCGAACGUGGCGCAGAAUUCUCACACACAGAGGACGACAACGCAAAGGUCCCACACACACAGGAUUUCAGUGCGCAGACCAGACAGAGGGUGGACUCGGACACUCCAGAUGUGUCGGACUCGAACUCGCACGGCGCACACGCUCACGCCUCUACCUCUCCGCUCACACACACGCAUCUCACAGACUCUCAGGACUCUGCGCUCGCACACACUCAGGGGCCGGUGGGGUUUGGGGAGCUGCAGCUGGAGCUGGAGCUGAAGGCUGAGCAGGAGGAGGAGGAGGAGCUGGACCAGACCCUCCACCAGGGGGCAGUACAGUGUGAGUACACCGCUGGGGCAGUGGAGCACGGCGAUCCCCAGUCGUGGGCAAACAACAGGGCCGAAUCACACCACAUGAGUUCUGAGACGCUGGGAGGGGCUGGGGCAGAGCUUAGGACACACCCACAGGAAGCAGAAGCACACUUGGAGCCCUUUGCGAUGGACGUUUCCGGAAGCGGGCAGAUCUCCCGGAUGGAUUUGCGGCCUGAGGAAGUGGAGCAGGGAGACCUGCAGCCGUGGCCGCACCGCAGGGCGGAGCUAGAGGGUCAGGGUCAUCCUGUCAGUCACCACCAACAGGGCGUGGCCUCGCUGGCCCACCCCUCCAGUCAGCCGUGGCUGGCCGCGUCCCCGAACAGUGGCGCCAGGGCAGGGCCCAGAAGAGGCGGUUCGGCGGCUUGGAGCAAGACCGCCGUGUCCGCACACACGCACACGGCGGCGUUCCCAAAGCCAACACAGGAAGUGAUGUCACACCUCGGCCUGCAGCCUCUGUCUGCCUCUCGUGAUAAACACCUCCAGGCUCACAAGACGUCUGUGCCAGGCCAGGUAAACAUCAACAACAACAACAACAACAACGUUGUCAUGGACAACCACAGCGGCAGAGCUGGUGCUGGCAGUGGCAGUGGUGGCGUCGGCGGCGGUGGUGGUGGUGGUGGCAGCAGCGGUGGCGGCGGCAGUGUUAUGGGUCGGAGCUUUGUCCAUCGGAGGGCUCCGGUGCGGGAGAAGUGGUUCAUCUGCUCGUUCUGCGGCAAGAGCUUCGACCGCUUCAGCCACCUGCAGAUGCACCAGCGCGUGCACACGGGGGAGCGGCCGUACAGCUGCGGCGUGUGUGGACGCUGCUUCACCCAGCAGAGCAACCUGCGCACCCACCAGAGGGUGCACAGAGACCGGCUCACACACACGCUGCCACACACACACGCACGGACAUACCGGUGAUCAGUUUUAAUCACACACACACACACACACACACACACACACACACACACACACACACACGUACAUCCUCAUCAUGGAUAAUUGGUUAGACAUAGAGAUACAUAAAUUUGAGGGUCUACAGUGACCGGGUAAUACACACACAAUGUGUAUGAUUGAUGAUUGAUUUAAGUACACACACACACUCUCACACAUCAGAGGUUGCACAGGGAUACGGCUAGACACACUUAUGGCCACAUACACACAGAUGUCCCUACCAGAGAGAUCGGUAGUAUCGGUGUAUCGAACGCAGAUACACACACCAGGUGGGCGGCAGAGACAGCCCUGCGCAUACAAACAUCCACACACAUUCGUGUCCCUAACGAUAUUCACUGGUUUCAUCAGGUCCCUUUCCACAGCUAUAUACUGUACAAUCAAGCACCUAGAUUCUACUGUAAAUGCAGACUGCAUGGUGCUUGAUUGAUACACCCGUGGAAAGGGACCUGAUGAAACCGAUGAAUACUAGGACACACAGGCUUGAAGACAUGGGCACAUGGACACAAUAGCACACACACACACACACACACACACACACACACACACACACACAUACAGACCAAGGCCAAAAGCACACAGGAAUAGAGCCAGACACCAAAACAGAAAACCCAUACCCAUAAUAGUGGUCACAGGACAAUAGGAGAAGGUCCACACAGAUAGGGGGUAACAAACUCACAACCUGCUGAUUCUGGCUCGUCCAAUGACUCGAAAGACAAAAACAAAGACACUUGCAAGAGCAUUUUAGAACUCUCACUUUUACCAUGGCCACUGCCUCUAAGGAAACUUUUUUACGAUAAACUAAGGACAUCAAGUUCUAUGCAGAGCAUUCAAGAACCUUCUAAACAGUACUGUUCUAUAAUGUGACACCAGUGCAGGAACAUUAAUUGCGUUGUUUAAAAGGACACCACAUUAUACAACCUGCUUAGAAAGUCCCCCCCCAACUGUUAAAUGGUUUGUCUGAGUAAGAAGUCUAGUGACAGUUUUGUUUCACAACUGAACUUUCUCAAUCACCCAGUGUAAUAGGCAGUGUCCUUUAGGGGUGGAAGGGUAAUUUAUGAUCACUCUUUUUCUACAGUAAUAUAUAUUGAAACAACAAAACACGCCAUCAAAAAGUAUACUAUUUUGCUGCCAGUUAUAAUUGGAUUUCAUGACUAACUACUCUAUAAAGGGCACCAGCCUUGGAGGUGAAGGCUAGGGAUGGUCUGGAAACUUCAUAUGAAUAAUUAGCCUGAAAAAGAUGGUUGAUUGUUGAUGUUACUAUACUAUUGAUAAAGUUUUGCAAGCAGGAAAAUUCCAUGAUGUUGUCUUGACUUUUCUGCCUCACCCCCAGUCUCGGUCACACUUGCUACAGUUGUGUUCAAAAUAAUAGCAGUCCUACAUGACUAACCUGAUGAAUCACUGUUUUUGGUAGAUAUUUCUAUGUGGCAAAUAAUUUAACUAGUAAGUCUUGUAGAGUCAAUGGCCCAAGCCCGAAGGGAGCGCUGAGGACUAAAGACUCACAGACUUAAUUGA